UUUCCCACUGAAUCAAAAAAACCAAAACGUUUUCAAAAUUAUUUUUAUUUACGAUUGCGCCACCGAAUUAAACAAACAAAAUAAAAAACUCUCUCUCCGGUACACCAAUCCCGUAGAGAGAGAAAUUUCUUUCCACCGUUCUCAGUUACAGUUAUCAGAUUCUAGAGAGAGAAAUUAAAUAAUUAAAAUAAACUUCAACUAGAGCAAUGGAAGUUUUAGGGUUUUGUGACUGAAGAAAGAAGAAAGAAGAAAAACGGUUAUUGUGAUUGACUUCGAUGGAAAUGCCUGCGAGAAGAUCUAAUUACUCGGUACUGAGUCAAGUUCCGGACGAUCCGUUUUCGUAUGCCGCCGGCGGUAGUGCUCCGUCGACUUCGAGCGACGGGAAAGCGAGCCGUGGCGGAAAGAUGGAUAGAGGUUUAGGUUUUGAUUGGGAGUUAGUUGGCGAUCAUAGGUUGACUCAGCAAGGGAACAAUCGGAUCGGGAAUUUGUACUCUUCUAUCGGGUUACAGAGGCAAUCGAGCGGGAGUAGUUACGGUGAAAGCUCGUUGUCUGGUGGAGGGGAGUACUAUGCGCAGACGCUGUCGACGGCGGCGGCUAGUGAGGUGGAUGCAUUUGGAUAUUUGCAGGAGGAUGGAUUUAAGGUUGGUGAGGUGAGGAAUCAGUUGUCUGAGGGGCCGGGGUGGACGGGUGGAUCUUCCGGGAAGAGCUGGGCGCAGCAGACGGAGGAGAGUUAUCAGUUGCAGCUUGCGUUGGCGUUGAGGCUGUCGUCGGAUGCUACUUGUGCGGAUGAUCCGAAUUUUCUGGAUCCGGUGCCGGAAGAAGGUUCUUUGAGGUUAUCGUCUUCGCCGGAGGCUUUGUCUCAUAGAUUCUGGGUGAAUGGCUGCCUAUCGUACUCUGAUAAAAUCCCCGAUGGAUUUUACUUAAUUCAUGGGAUGGAUUCCUAUGUCUGGACUGUGUGCACUGAUCUGCAGGAAAACAGCCGAAUCCCAUCAGUUGAUACUCUAAAGUCUGUGCAUCCCCGCAUCGAUUCUUCCCUUGAAGUAGUUUUAGUGGAUCGGCACCAUGAUGCCAGCUUGAGAGAACUGCAAAACAUAGUUCAAGACAUUUCUUGUAGCAGCAUAACAACAACAGAGGUUGUGGAUCAGCUUUCGAAGCUGGUUUGCAACCGCAUGGGGGGUUCAGCUUCUGCUGGGGAGGAUACAUUUCUUUCUUUCUGGAGAGAUUGCAGUAAUAACCUGAAAGAUUGCUUAGGAUCUGUUGUUUUUCCCAUAGGUAGUCUAUCUGUUGGCCUCUGCAGGCAUCGUGCCAUAUUAUUCAAAGUACUAGCUGAUGCCAUUGAUUUACCAUGUCGAAUUGCAAAGGGAUGUAAAUAUUGCAAAAGAGAUGAUGCUUCUUCUUGUCUUGUUCGAUUUGGGCUUGAGAGGGAAUAUCUUGUUGAUUUAAUUGGGAAGCCAGGACACUUAUGCGAACCUGAUUCUUUGCUGAACGGUCCAUCUUCCAUCUCAUUUUGUUCACCCUUGCGCUUUCCAAGACUUAAAUCAGCUGAAACUACAAUUGAUUUCAGGUCACUUGCCAAACAGUAUUUCUCAGACUGUUUAUCUCUUGAGCUUUUCUUCGACAACAGUUCUGCAGAACAGUUCGAUGGGAAAUGCAAUGAAAGGAAUAACCUUAAGCCAAUUUCGAGUGACAUUAACAGAAGUUCUCAACUUCCUUUGUAUCCGCAAUCUGCUCUUCCGAGCACACAUGAUCAAGCUUCUGAAACAUAUAUGUUAUGUAACCCUCCUCAGAACUAUAUAGACUCGACAACUGUGGGCAAGUAUCCACCUCCUUUAAAGCAUAAGCGUCCUGUUUAUAUUGCCAAUGAUGAUGUCAUUGAGGGUAGGAGGUUUGUCGAAGGAAGUCAACUGAUUCCUAGCAAGCCUACUCGAGAAGUUGCCUUUGACAUGGAGGAUUUAGCUAUACCCUGGAAUGAUCUUAAUUUAAAAGAAAAAAUAGGAUCAGGUUCUUUUGGAACUGUGCAUCGUGCUGAGUGGAAUGGCUCGGAUGUUGCUGUGAAAAUUUUGAUGGAGCAAGAUUUUCAUGCUGAACGCUUCAAAGAAUUCAUGAGGGAGGUUGCAAUAAUGAAACAUUUGCGGCAUCCAAACAUUGUUUUAUUAAUGGGGGCAGUCACUCAACCUCCUAACUUAUCAAUUGUCACAGAAUAUUUAUCAAGGGGUAGCUUAUAUAGGCUGUUGCAUAGACCUGGUGCCAAGGAAGUUUUGGAUGAAAGGCGUAGGCUUAGUAUGGCUUACGACGUGGCAAAGGGGAUGAAUUAUCUUCACAAACGCAAUCCCCCAAUUGUUCAUAGAGAUCUGAAAUCUCCAAAUCUUCUUGUUGACAAGAAAUACACUGUGAAGGUUUGUGAUUUUGGGCUUUCCCGCUUAAAGGCCAAUACAUUUCUCUCUUCCAAGUCAGCUGCUGGGACUCCUGAGUGGAUGGCUCCAGAAGUUCUUCGUGACGAGCCAUCAAAUGAGAAGUCUGAUCUUUACAGCUUUGGGGUAAUCAUGUGGGAGCUUGCAACAUUGCAACAGCCGUGGGGUAAUUUGAAUCCAGCACAGGUUGUUGCUGCUGUUGGCUUCAAGGGAAAAAGGCUCGAGAUCCCACGAGAGUUGAAUCCCCAAAUAGCUGCAAUAAUUGAGGCUUGCUGGGCCAAUGAGCCCUGGAAACGCCCUUCUUUUGCCAGCAUUAUGGAUUCUUUGAGGUCAUUACUCAAACCCCCUACACCUCAACCUGGUAUUCCAAACAUGCCGCCUCUCACCUGAAUAGCUGGAACGCCAAGUUGUUCUUCAUGCACAUACACAGGAUUUUAUUGGUUUUGAUGUCUAACAGGAUUAUACCGUUUUAAGUGGUCAUAGGUACGUGCCAAAUUCCGUAACAGUCUUAACACAACACUAAAUCUAGCUUUGGCAUAGUGUUUCUCUGCUCGUGUUGCAGGGUAAGGGGAAUACUAUCUAUUUGCAAUCGGAUAUAUAUGAUAUUCUGAUUAUUAUAGUUGUAGUGUUUAACUAUUAUUUGAUUUGGUUUAACUAAGAUGUGAAUUGUAAUCAUCAUGCUGAAUGUGUUAAAAAAACUGAGGUUUUGUGGUGGCUUAUAGCGUGUUCAACUUCUUGUGGUCAAACUAAUGGUUGUUCAUGUUUUUUU